AUGUACAAAGGACAGCUCAUGACAGCAAUGGGAAUUAAUCCCAACAAUGGCUGGUGGCCGAUUGCUUGGGCUGUGACUGAGGCCGAGAGUUAUGUCCAGUGGAAGUGGUUCGUGGAGUACUUAGCUGAUGACCUUAACUUGGAUGCAAAUGGCCCACGAUAUGUGUUUAUGUCUGACCAACAAAAGGGCCUUGCAAAGUUGAUUGUUGAGGAAUUCCCACAGAGCGAGCAUCGCUUCUGUGUGCAGCACAUAUACAACAAUUUCAAGAAAAGAUUUGUCGGAGAAAAUUUCAAAGACCGGUUGUGGGAGAUUUCCUCGAGUACCACUCUCGAACAUUAUGUGGACAAGAUGGAUGCUUUGCAGACCGAGUAUCCCCAAGCACAUCAGUGGCUUUCUGGAAUUGCAUUGACUCGAGAGAAAGCAAUUAUCAGCAUGUUGGAGGACAUUCGAACAAGUCAAAUGGAAAGAAUUCAGAUCAGAGGCCAGUGGAUCAAAAGCUACGAUCACGCAGUCCCUCAUGUUAUCAAGGAGCUUGUUGAUAAGUGGUACGCGUGGGCUUCAUCGUGGAGGUCUACAUGGAACGGACAGUCUUCGUACCAACUAACCGGAAUCCCGUGCUCUCAUGCUAUCGCAACAAUCAAUAAGAAUGGCGACGACGUGAUGCGAUUCGUUUCCCGCUAUUAUUUGAAGUCAACAAUGAUCAUGUUGUAUGAGAAUGUCCUUUAUCCCAUCAAUGGGGUGGACAAUUGGCCCAAGACUACUUCUGAUGGUGCGGUGGAACUGGCGCCCCCGAGGUCAAAGCGACAACGUGGUAGGCCGAAGAAACUGAGACGUGAGAAGCCCUAG